AUGGAAGUCGCUCAAGGAAACAUCUUUCCACCUUUGGUUGUUACAGUUGCGAGGAGGACGAUGGCGGCGGGUAACACUUUCAAGAAUCGCGCCAAAACGGCGUUCAACUACGCCGACGUAGAAUCCAGUGGAGCACUGAGCAAACGCGAGUACAAAGUAGCGAUGGCGGCUGUUUUUGGAUGUCGUCCAGAUAAAACAGAGGUAAAACAAGUUUUCCAGUCCGCUGACGGGAUUUCGUACGAGGAAUUUGUACUUUACUGGAUCAUAAUUGUAGGAGAUUGUUUAGAUAAAGGAUACUUGGUACUGGAUGAUUUCUUAUCUGCAAGCAUGUCUGUAGAUUUGAAAGUAGAAUCGUCGUUAUGGCAAACGGUAUUCAAGGGAUUGGAUCGUUACAGAAGAGGGUAUAUUGCUUUCGAUGAAUUUUUACAUGUAUUGCCGGCAGUAUAA